AUGGCCAAAAGUUCACAGAGGAAGCAAUGCGACUGUGUAAACCAAUCCGAACUAAAUUCUGGCUUCAGCAUCUCAAUCCCUUUGAGAAUGUCCAGCUACAUAUUCAAGAGACCAGUUACUAGAAUCACAUCUCAUCCUGGCAAUGAGGUUAGAUAUCACCAAUGGGAAGAGAAUCUGGAAAAGCCCCAACAGGUCUGCUGGCAGAAGAGACUUCAAGGACUCCAGGCCCACAGCAGCUCGGGAGAACUUUUAAGUGCUUUGGAUCUUGCCAAAUCCUUGCAGAAGCUUGCACCUGGUUGCACAGGUGCAUCCCUGCCAGGGGCUCUUGCUGCUGGUCUGUGCUCCAGUCCCAUGCACACCUUUGCUCAGUCUUCAGAUUUGGCACAGAUCACUCCCAGAGUGAGUCUGGGUAUCUCACAGAUCCUGUGCAAACAAUUUCUGGUCACAGAGGAGGAUAUUAGGAAACAGGAAAGGAAAGUGAAGACAGUAAGAGAGAGACUGGCAAUAGCUUUGAUUGCAGAUGGACUUGCUAGUCAGGCAGAGAAAAUGCGAGACCAAGAAGGGUGUCCCGAAAAACACUAUGAAAAAAAGAGAAGAUAG